AUUACUUUUAUGUCUAGUUUAGUAAUUGUACCGGUUCCAGAAUUUUCUAAACAUCGUACUGUGUUUGAGGCGGAGAAUACUCCAACAGUUCCCAAAUUGAAACCCUAGCAUCCUCCAUUGCCGCCAUCUUUCACCACGCAGCUUUUGUUAUAGCAAAAGAUUGAUCUUCUCUUCUUCGUCUUUACCCACACGUCAAGUCACUUCUUUUUAAACUCAAUUUUCGGUCCCCUCCCCUAGCUCUAUAUUUUCUCAUUCGCAGAGAAGAAAAAUCGAAGCGUGUGGAUUAGAAAGGGGUUCAUUUUGCUGAUUCUCUAGCUAUGGCCGCUAAGAUUCUUGCAAACUUGAUUGUAAUGGGUGGAGGAAUCUUGGCAAGAGCAGUUGUUCAGGCAUAUCGUCAAGCGCUUACUAAUGCCUCAAAAAAUGGUGUUGCACAAGAGACAAUUCAAAAUACUAUGCGCAGAGCUAGCAAGGUGAUGACAGAGCAAGAGGCUAGGCAGAUUCUUGGUGUUACCGAGGAAACUCCCUGGGAGGAGAUUAUCAAGAAAUAUGACAAUUUGUUUGAGAAUAAUGCCAAAAAUGGGAGUUUCUACCUCCAGUCCAAAGUUCAUCGGGCCAAGGAAUGUCUAGAGGCAGUUCAACAAGGCAAGAGCCAGGGUACCCCUAGUUGAGAACUUGCAUUUUCACCAUUUUAUAACCCUUGUGUAAUCAUUUUUGCCUCCAAGUUGUUGUAUACUAUUUGCAUAAUCAGAAGUUUCUGAACUAAAUUUUAUUAUUAUCAAAAUUGUAAAUGAUUAGUUUGGGAUUGACUGCCAAUAAAGGCUACUAUAAAAUGAAGUUACAUUAUUAUUUUUAACA